CUGGUUCCAUUGGGGGCACAUGAUGUCACUGCCAUUUUAUCAGAAGAUUCAUGAGCACUAUGAUAGCAGCUACCGCAGUAAGGACCUUCGUACCACCAUGAGCCAGUACCAGCAGGAGAAGAAACGUUCUGCUAUCUAUACCCAGGGCUCAACAGCAUAUAGCAGCCGUUCCUCUGCCGCACACCGCCAAGAGUCAGCAGCCUUCAGCCAACUGUCCACAGCCUCCUACCAGCAGCAGGCCUCCAGGGCCUCAGAGGCCUCCCUCCAGUCUGCAGUCCAUCAGAAGGCAGCCUCCACAUAUGACUAUGGCUAUUCCCGUGGAUUUACAGAUUCCAGUAUGAUGUUAGAUUAUUCAUCCAAGCUGAGCCCCCAAACAAAGAGAGCCAAGAAGAGCCUUCUCUCUGGAGAUGAGAAGGAAAAUCUUCCAAGUGAUUACAUGGUUCCUAUCUUCUCAGGACGCCAAGUACAUGUCAGUGGUAUUACAGAUACAGAAGAAGAACGAAUUAAAGAAGCUGCUGCUUAUAUAGCCCAGAGGAAUCUUCUUUCUAGUGAAGAAGUCAGAACAAGCAAACAGUCCACAGUGUCCAAACAGUCCAGGUCCUCACUGUACCAGGAGGAAGCUUUUGAAAAGAAGUCCAGAAAAGCUGCAAUCCGAGAAAAGGCAGAAAAUCUGUCACUGAAAAAAACAUUAGAAGAAACAGGGGCAUUUCGUAGAAAGUUGAAUGAAGAUGGUCUUCUUCAUGCUCCUGAAUUUAUCAUUAAGCCUCGUUCUCACACUGUUUGGGAGAAAGAAAGUGUGAAAUUACACUGCUCUGUAUCUGGCUGGCCAGAACCUCGUCUCACCUGGUAUAAAAAUCAAGUACCAAUAAAUGUCCAUACAAAUCCUGGAAAGUAUGUUAUUGAAAGCCGAUAUGGAAUGCACACGCUGGAGAUUAAUGAUUGUGAUUUUGAAGACACUGCUCAGUACCGAGCCUCUGCGAUGAAUGCUAAAGGAGAGUUCUCUGCUUAUGCUUCAGUUGUGGUAAAGAGAUAUAAAGGGGAAUAUGAUGAGACUCGCUUCCAUGCUUCCACCUCACCCCCCAGCUUUGCUGUCACUCCUUAUGGUUAUGCAUCCAAGUUUGAGAUCCACUUUGAUGAUAAAUUUGACGUGUCUUUUGGGAGAGAGGGUGAGACAAUGAGUCUUGGCUGCCGUGUAGUUAUCACACCUGAAAUUAAACAUUUCCAGCCUGUGAUCCAGUGGUACCGAAAUGGUGUACCUGUGUCUUCAUCAAAAUGGGUGCAGACACAGUGGAGUGGAGAUCGGGCAUCACUGACAUUUUCUCAUCUCAACAAAGAAGAUGAAGGCCUAUACUCAAUACGUGUGCAAAUGGGAGAAUAUUAUGAACAGUAUAGCGCAUAUGUUUUUGUUCAAGAUGCAGAUGCAGAAAUUGAAGGAGCCCCAGCCUCUCCAUUAGAUGUGGUUUGCUUGGAUACCAACAAAGAUUAUAUCACUGUCUCAUGGAAACAGCCAGCUGUGGAUGGAGGAAGUCCUAUUCUGGGAUAUUUUAUUGAUAAAUGUGAGGUGGGCACAGAGAGCUGGUCUCAAUGCAAUGACACACCAGUGAAGUUUGCUCGGUUUCCAGUCACUGGAUUAAUAGAAGGCCGCUCAUAUAUAUUCCGAGUCCGAGCUGUAAAUAAAACUGGAAUUGGUCUACCAUCUCGUGUUUCGGAGCCUGCCGCAGCUCUGGAUCCGGCUGAGAAAGCUAGACUUAAAAGUCGUCCCUCAGCACCCUGGACUGGACAGAUCAUUGUUACUGAAGAGGAACCUACAGAGGGUGUUGUUCCUGGUCCUCCAACAGAUCUCUCUGUCGCUGAAGCCACCCGGAGCUAUGUGGUGCUAAACUGGAAGCCCCCUGGCCAGCGUGGCCAUGAGGGCAUUAUGUACUUUGUAGAAAAGUGUGAUGCUGAAACAGAAAACUGGCAGCAGGUGAACACAGAGCUUCCAGUGAAGUCUCCCCACUUUGCUCUCUUUGACUUGGUCGAAGGAAAAUCCUACCGUUUCCGUGUCCGGUGUUCUAAUUCAGCAGGAAUUGGUGAACCCUCAGAAGCAACGGAAGUGACUGUGGUAGGGGACAAACUUGAUAUCCCCAAAGCCCCAGGCAAAAUUAUCCCCAGCCGAAAUACAGAUACAUCAGUGGUGGUAUCAUGGGAGGAAUCCAAAGAUUCCAAAGAGGUAGUUGGUUACUACAUAGAGUCAAGUGUAGCUGGCUCGAACAAAUGGGAACCCUGCAACAACAACCCUGUCAAGGGCCCACGAUUUACUUGUCAUGGAUUGGCAACUGGUCAGAGUUAUAUUUUCCGGGUCAGAGCAGUUAAUGCAGCUGGACUUAGUGAAUAUUCUCAGGAUUCAGAAGUUAUUCAAGUCAAAGCAGCUAUUGGGGGAGGAGUAUCUCCAGAUGUGUGGCCUGAACUGAGUGAUACACCUGUUGGACUAACAGACUCCAGGGUUGGCUUGCAUGAAGCCUCCCAGCCAGCCUUUAAGAAAGAUGCUUUGCUUGAUAGAGAACUUAACAAAUCUCCACUACCCACUAGCUCUCCCACCCUGGGACAGACAGUGAGUAACGUAAGUGAAACAGUUCAGGAAGAGCUGACCCCACCACCACAGACAGUUCUUAAGGGGAAAAGUAAGUCUGAGCCUCUGAAACAGAAGAAGGAUAUAGCGGCACCAUCUCCACCCUGUGAUAUCACUUGUCUUGAAAGUUUUCGUGACUCGAUGGUUCUUGGAUGGAAGCAACCAGAAAAGACUGGAGGGGCUGAAAUUACUGGCUAUUAUGUGAACUACCGUGAGGUAAUUGAUGGAGUAGCUGGAAUGUGGAGAGAAGCCAACAUCAAAGCUGUCAGUGAUGAAGCAUAUAAGAUUAGUAGCCUGAAGGAGAACAUGGUGUAUCAGUUCCAAGUGUCAGCUAUGAACAUGGCUGGGGUAGGACAACCCUCUGAAGUAAGCAAAUGCUUCAAAUGUGAAGAGUGGACAAUUGCUGUUCCAGGACCACCACACAGUCUCAGGUAUAGUGAGGUGAGGAAAACCUCCCUGGUUCUGCAGUGGGAGACUCCUACAUACUCUGGGCGAACUCCAGUCACUGGAUACUUUGUGGACAUGAAAGAGGCCAGUUCCAAAGAUGACCAAUGGAGAGGACUCAAUGAGGUAGUCCUUACAAACAAGUACCUGAAGGUGCAAAACCUCAAGGAGGGUGUAAACUAUGUAUUUCGAGUUCGAGCCAUAAACCAGGCAGGUGUUGGGAAGCCCUCAGACCUUGCUGGCCCUGUUGUAGCAGAAACCCGUCCAGGAACCAAAGAGGUUGUUGUCAAUGUCGAUGAUGAUGGAGUCAUUUCCUUGAACUAUGAAUGUGAUCAGAUGGCUCCAAAUUCUGAAUUUGUCUGGUCCAAAGAUUAUAUAUCUACUGACGACUCUCCAAGAUUAGAAGUUGAGAACAAAGGCAACAAGACAAAAAUGACCUUUAAAGACCUCAGUACAGAAGACUUGGGCAUUUACUCCUGUGAUGUAACAGAUACUGAUGGAAUAGCAUCAAGCUACUUAAUAGAUGAGGAAGAAAUGAAACGUUUACUUGCUCUCAGCCAGGAGCACAAGUUCCCAACUGUCCCAGCAAAAUCAGAGUUGGCAGUUGAAAUUUUGGAGAAAGGCCAGGUACGGUUUUGGAUGCAGGCUGAGAAGCUGUCCAGCAAUGCCAAAGUCAACUAUGUAUUUAAUGACCAAGAAAUCUUUGAAGGGCCGAAAUAUAAGAUGCACAUUGAUCGAAACACUGGAAUAAUUGAAAUGUUUAUGGAAAAGCUCCAGGAUGAGGAUGAGGGAACAUAUACUUUCCAGAUUCAAGAUGGAAAAGCAACUGGCCAUUCAACUCUGGUUCUCAUUGGAGAUGUUUAUAAACAACUCCAGAAAGAAGCUGAAUUCCAGAGGCAAGAAUGGAUCAGGAAACAAGGUCCACAUUUUGCUGAGUAUUUGAGCUGGGAAGUGACUGGUGAAUGUAAUGUGUUAUUGAAAUGCAAGGUGGCAAAUAUUAAGAAGGAGACUCAUAUUGUGUGGUACAAAGAUGAGAGGGAGAUAUCAGUAGAUGAAAAGCAUGACUUUAAGGAUGGUAUAUGUACCCUGCUUAUAACAGAGUUUUCCAAGAAAGAUGCCGGAAUUUAUGAAGUUAUCUUGAAAGAUGACCGAGGAAAAGAUAAAAGUAGACUGAAGCUUGUGGAUGAAGCCUUUAAAGAUUUGAUGAGUGAAGUAUGUAAAAUAAUAGCCUUGUCUGCUACAGACCUGAAAAUCCAGAGCACAGCUGAGGGGAUCCGUCUAUACUCUUUUGUUACUUACUACUUGGAUGAUCUGAAAGUUAACUGGUCUCACAACGAGACCCCUAUUAAGUACACGGACAGAGUUAAGAGUGGGGUCACUGGAGAACAGAUCUGGUUGCAGAUUAACGAGCCCACUCCGAAUGAUAAAGGGAAAUAUGUCAUGGAGCUCUUUGAUGGUAAAACUGGACAUCUGAAGAGUGUGGAUCUUUCUGGACAAGCCUAUGAUGAAGCCUUUGCUGAAUUUGAGAGAUUAAAACAAGCUGCCAUUGCAGAGAAAAAUCGUGCCCGGGUAUUGGGUGGUCUCCCAGAUGUGGUCACCAUUCAAGAAGGCAAGGCACUUAACCUCACUUGCAAUGUGUGGGGUGACCCAACUCCAGAGGUCUCCUGGCUGAAGAAUGAGAAGCCUCUGUCUCCAGAUGACCACUGCAGCCUCUCAUUCGAGAGCGGCAAGACUGCCUACUUCACCAUCCGCGGCGUGAGCACCUCCGACUCCGGCAAAUAUGGGCUGGUAGUGAAGAAUAAGUAUGGCUCAGAGACAAGUGACUUCACUGUCAGCGUGUUCAUCCCAGAGGAGGAGGCAAGAAAGGCCAAUUCGGAGCCCCCGAAGGACAAGUCCUAG